AUGAUCGUGCGAUAUUGGCUCUCUUCAGUACCGUCACGCUAUCAGAUGUUCGUGGCAAACAGAAUAUCGGAGGUGCAACACCUUACAAGAGCCGGGACGUGGAGACAUGUUGCCGGAACGGAGAACCCGGCAGAUGCGCUAUCUCGUGGUAUUCCCCCUGUAGAUCUUGUGCAGAAUUCGCUGUGGUGGCAUGGACCUGCUUGGUUAACUGAAGAAAAGAGUUGUUGGUCCGAAACCCAAGAAGUGAAGCUGGAGGAUUUGGACAAAUCACACCUCGAAGAAGGAUCAGUAGUAGCUACCAUAGCUACAGUAUCUCCGCCGAGCGAAGUCUUCAACCUUCGGGCAACCUUGCGUCAUCUAGAAAAGCUCGUGGCGUGGCUACUGCGGUUCAAGCACAAUGCUCUUAGAAAUCGUGGUGAAAACGGAAAGAGAACGGGUCCCGUAACCCUGAAGGAACGAGAAGAAGCAUUACUCGCGUUGGUGAAAUUAUCGCAACACGAAUGUUUUGCUCAAGAAAUAAUUGACCUUCAACGAAAGGGGGAGGUCAGUGCCACCUCUCGCAUUAGAACGCUACAUCCACAGUUGUCCGGAGGCAUAUUGCGUGUUGGCGGCCGGCUAGAAAAUGCCAACAUCUCGAUCGACCGUAAACAUCCAAUACUGUUAGAUAAAAAUCACCCUUUAACAACCUUGGUUAUGCGUCAAUACCACUAUGAGCAUUUACAUGCUGGUCCGCAACUUCUAGUUGCCAGUGUCCGAGAACGAUUUUGGCCUCUUAGUGCGCGUAGCCUCGCUAGGAAAAUUGUUCACAGAUGCAUUGCCUGCUUCCGCAAUAAGCCUGUAGUACAGGAUCAACUGAUGGCUGAUCUACCAGCAGAGCGUGUCACACCAGCUCCACCAUUCUUACGAGUUGGGGUCGACUACUGUGGACCAUUUCAAGUAUGCUAUCCUAAUCGACGAAGAGUCCCCGUGAAGCACUACGCUGCAAUUUUUGUCUGUUUGGUUACCAAGGCGAUCCACAUCGAAAUGGUGGCCGACCUCACCACACAAGGAUUUCUGGCCGCUCUUAAAAAGUUUGUAGCCAGACGCGGAAAGCCAUCUGUUAUCAUGUGCGACAGUGGGCCCAAUUUCGUGGGCGCGAGACGGCUGCUCGAUGAGCUUGCUGCCUUAUUCAAAGGUCAACAAUCCCAACAAUCCAUCGCGGCAAGCGCGCGGACAUCGGAAUAG